AACUGCGCAAGCGCACAUGGGUCCAUCGCGGAGAUUGGAAGCAGAAGUCUCCUUUGGGUUUGAGAGAAGGCGGAGAAAGAGAGAGAGCCACUGUGCGCAUGCGUAUGGAGACCUGAAGAAGAAGAAAGAGACGACCCCUCACCCCCCUUCUUGAAAAAGACAAAAGUCUGCACGAAAGUGCUGCGACCGUUUUCGUUCGGGUUCAGCUAGUUGGAGCCGGAGCCGGCGCUCAUGAGGUGCAAGAGGAGAAAACUCUUUGCAGAUCCAGCCUUAGAAUGGAGAGUUAUUUUAAAGCAGCAGUCUCAGAUUUGGACAAGCUACUUGAUGAAUUUGAGCAGAAUGCAGAUGAACUUGAAAAUAACAAAAUUGUAAAUCCUCCUGAUUCCAAAUCACACUUACUUUCUUCAGAAUUAGAUUACGAGCAGCCUAAAUUAUUGGAACCAGAUGUGCAAGAAAAUAUUAGUAGUUGUACUACAUCAACUGACCUCUCAUUGUCUACUCAGACUACAAAUGUAGCAAACUUUGAACCACUGAACUCUGAACAGAAUGAGAAAAAUGUCACUGGGUUAGAUCUUCUGUCUAUGGUGGAUGGUGGUUCUUCAGAUAAAAAUCAGUCUUUUUGCUCUGGGCGAUGUAGUAUUCCUGUCUGUGAUCUUAUCAGUGACACAGGUAAUUUGAGCCAUGUAAAAAGUAAUUCAGAGUGCAUUCAAAAGUUGCAGCCAGGUGACUUCCAGUGCAGUACAAAUUCUCUUAUUGGUUUUGAUUUAGCAUUGGUAUCAGCCACUGCUUGUAAUUCAUCUGUUGAUUAUAGUGCUCAUUCUGGCACACAGCAGCAAAUUGAUGAAGAUACAACACUGUAUAAUAAGGAAUAUAAUGCAGCAGAAAAACAGAGUCAGCUGGCACUAAAGACAGACAGCUUUUCAGAAGUAAACAUAGGAGACUCUGGUGGGGAUCAAGAAAAGACAGAAACGUUGAAUAACAAUGAAGUAUUCAACCAGAUAGAACAAAUUAUAGGGCUUGAUAGGAUACCUGCUUUAAUAACCCAAGUAACUUUAGCUGUACACAGUUCCAAAGAUGAGCAAAUGUAUGAAAAACUGCCUUGUGAGUUAUUAGUAGAUGAAAAUAGUGCAAAAGGUGAAAUGAUACAUGGAGAAAGUGGCAGGCAAGCUAUUUCAAAAGAAGACAAGACUGAAUAUGAAGCCUCUAUCUUGCCAAAGACGUAUAGGUUGAAUAAUGCCAGCUUAAUAUUGCCUAAAGAAGAGAGUUUAUGUGUCUCCUCACUUCAAACUGAUAAUAUGCUGGAAUUAGAUAAAACACCCAGCACUGAGGAAAAUGUCUGUAGUCCAGAACAGAAUACCAAUGCAACUUUAAGUAUAGUUUCAACACCAGAGGUCUCUGAAGAUGUACAGACUUCAUUGUCCUGUCUUCCACUUGCUGUUUCUAUAUGUGGGUCACUAGUUUCUUCUGAUGCCUCAAAUGGAAAAAAUGCUCAAAGUGAAGCAGCAGAUGUCAUUAGUGAUAUAACUGUGCACACAGAAAAGCAUAACAAUGGCCUUCAAGAGGAAUUGUUUGAAAUAAUAGAAGCUUCUGAACAAGAUGGAAAUCUAAACAAUACCAGCCAGUGUGGGCUAGGAAAACCUUUAUUUACAGAUAGUGAGAAGGUGGGUUUUGACAACAUUACAAGUAAAUGUGAACUUUUCCAAUACCAAGAUUCUGCUACUACUUCUCAUUCUUCUUUGGUUGCAAAUAAUGAAACAUGCAGUGAUGUUCAGCCUACUGACAUUGGUGAUAGAGCUUCAGUUGACCUAGCUAUAGAAGAAGACAUUAUUGGAAGUGAUAUGCUAGUAAGUGAUGCUGAACUUGAUGCCUUCUUAACUGAGCAUUGUUCUGAAGUGAACCAUUCAAGGCCUCUGGAAGAAGAUACUGGUGAUGGACUGUUGGAAUCUGAUGUGAUUCAUGACAACUUAAUAGAUACUAACAAACUGAACUUCAGAAGUGAUAGUUCACAAGCAGAAAUGGAAUUUAAGAAGACUGAAGCUUCUCUUGAUAACAAUUUUAUAGUUACCACUUCUGAACCUAGAUUGGGGAUUCUAGUGGAAAAAGGAACACUACAGGUUCAACAAGGAAUUUCAGAUCUCAUAAGUGAAACUGCAAGUGAAAUUUCCGACUUUACAAGCAGCCAGCAGAUGCUGCAUAGUGGAGGUGCAAGGCCAAAACAGUUUCUGAACGUUCCAUCAAAGUCCAAAAUUUGUUCUGAGCUUAGUAGUCCAAAUACAGUUGAGAGUGAAUCCCAAGUGAUAAACUCCACAACCCCAAAGACCUCUCUCUCGGAUGCUAAAAUCUGUUCUGAUUCAAGUUUCAGAAAUAAUAAUGCUGAUACACAAAGCUGCUUGGAAGGCAAAGAUAGUGUCUUGCCUGUGAUAUCAGAACCUGCUAAAGUAGUGGAGCAAGCUGUAGCCCCAGGGGACAAGCAGCCAUCCUGGGUUCCUGAUUCAGAAGCACCAAUCUGCAUGAAUUGUCAAGCCAAGUUCACAUUUACAAAAAGAAGACACCACUGCCGUGCUUGUGGGAAAGUUUUUUGUGCUUCCUGUUGCAAUCGGAAAUGCAAACUUCAGUAUCUGGAUAAAGAAGCAAGAGUCUGUAUAAGCUGCUAUGAAUCCAUUAAUAAAGCACAGGCAUUUGAAAGGAUGAUGAGUCCUACUGGUCUUGUGCCUAAUUCUGGUAUCUCUGAAUAUUCGACUGUUUCACCUUUGCAGGAAGCCCAGACAACUAGUAUACCUUACUCUGUUUUUAAGCAGCCAAAUGGUGAUGGGCCGUGCCCUAAAGAACAGAAAAGAGUUUGGUUUGCAGAUGGUAUUUUGCCCAAUGGGGAAGUUGCAGACACAACCAAAUUGUCAUCUGGAGUCAGAAGAUCUCCACAGGAACCAAAUCCUGUUGAAAGUCCAGCAAAUGACACUGUCUGUGCAAGUGAUAUCAAACCAAAGGAUGAAAUGCAUGUUGCUGGACGAACUGAGAUCUUGUGUUCUCCUGCUUCUUUUGUUCCAGAAGAAGACAUGUUGCCCACUGAGUUGUCAUAUAAUUCUGACUGUCUGAUUACUGCUAUAGCUGAAUUCCCUACUAGUACUGAAUCAGCAAAGCAUCCUGUUCCAGUCACAACUAAUGCAACUGAUGAUGUCCUUGUUAGUCCGUUAGAUUACACGAUGCUGUGUGGUAUUGAAAACUGUGUUAGCAAGGAGAUCAGCCUUAUUCCUGAGGAUAAUGGAUUGCCCCCUCUUUUGCUUGCAAGAGGAGAAAAAGGAGAAGAAUCCUUAGUGGAAGAACAUCCUUCUCAUAAGCAAGUCACCUUGCUACUUGAAGAACCUAAUCCACUAACGUUCAUCCUCAAUGCAAAUCUUCUUGUGAAUGUCCAGAUGUUAUCUUAUUGUUCAGAAAGAUGCUGGUACUUCUCAACCAAUGGACUGCAUGGCUUGGGGCAAGCAGAAAUUAUAGUAAUACUACCUUGUUUGCCAAAUGAAGAUGAUGUUCCUGAAGAAAUCUUCAAAUUAUUUAUUAACGUAUAUAAGGAUGCUGUGAAAGGAAAAUUCAUAGGAAAUUUGGAAAACUUUACGUUCACUGAAGGCUUUCUUGGAAGCAAAGAGAUUGGUGGAUUCCUGUUUGUUACACCAACAUUUCAGAAACUGGAUGAUCUCAUAUUACCAAAAAAUUCUUUUCUAUGUGGCAUUCUUAUUCAGAAACAGGAGGUACCAUGGGCAAAGGUGUUUCCAAUUCGUUUAAUGUUGAGAUUAGGAGCAGAAUAUGGGGUGUACCCAACUCCUUUGACAAGUAUCAGACAUAGAAAGCCUCUGUUUGGAGAGAUAGGACACACCGUCAUGAAUUUACUUGUUGAUCUUAGGAAUUAUCAGUAUACAUUGCAUACAAUUGAUAACUUAUUUAUUCACAUGGAAGUGGGUAGAAGCUGCAUUAAAAUACCUCUAAGGAGAUACAAUGAGGUGAUGAAAGUCAUGAAUACUUCUAAUGAACAUGUCAUCAGCAUUGGAGCCAGUUUUAGUCCUGAAGCAGAUUCUCAUUUAGUUUGUGUACAAAAUGAUGAUGGAGCCUAUCAGACACAAGCAAAUAGUGCUACUGGACACCCUAGAAAAAUUACAGGUGCAAGCUUUGUUGUGUUCAAUGGAGCCCUAAAAACAUCUUCCGGAUUCCUUGCUAAAUCUAGUAUUGUUGAAGAUGGAAUAAUGGUUCAAAUAACUCCAGAGACUAUGGAUGGUUUACGUCUAGCUUUAAGGCAGAAAAAGGACUUUAGAAUUACAUGUGGCAAAGUGGAUUCCGGAGAUCUGAGAGAAUAUGUAGAUAUUUGUUGGGUAGAAAAUGAAGAAAAAACAAAUGUGAGAGUUACAAGCCCAAUAGAUGGGAAAUCAAUGGAAGGAGUUCAGAGUGAAAAAAUAGUUCAAGAAGAAUAUUUUGAAAUGGACAAUAAACUUGUAAAGUGUACAGAAGUGUUCUAUCUCUUAAAGGCCAGUGAGUCAUACAGUCAUGCUCAUCAAUUUGCUAAAGAAAUUGCAUUGGCUUCUUGUACUGCCCUUCGCCAACAUCUCAAGACUCUGAAAAGUAAUGGAAUGAACAAGAUAGGCCUGAGAGUCUCCAUGGAUAAUGAUAGGGUGGAAUACCAGGCAGGAUCUGGAGGCAAACUUCUUCCCCAGCAUUACCUAAACGAUCUGGAUAGUGCUUUGAUUCCAGUGAUUCAUGGGUCUUGGAGUGAAAAUAUAUUGGAUUAUUUUCUGAAUGCUAAGCAGAUUAAAACAAGAGAUGGAGCUGAAAUCAUCUGGUAUCAUAGAGCAAAUAAUAAGUUACAAAUGACAGAGGCAAUACAGAGUACAGCUCAUAUGAUAGAGGCAGAUGUCUUUCUCUGUGAACGAGAGGGAAGUGGUGAACCCAUCAUGGCUCACCCACCUGAAACAAGUAGUGAUAAUACACUAAAGGAAUGGCUGAAUGAAAUUAAAAACACUAGCAAGGGCAUCAAGCUUGAUUUUAAAAGCCUAGCAGCUAUUAAUCAUUCAGUGAAGAUUCUUGGAGACAUAAAGCUGAGGCAGCCUGUAUGGAUUAAUGCAGACAUUCUUCCUGGACCAAAUGGAACUAACUGUAUAGUAAAUGCAAAGGGGUUUCUAGACACUGUGACAUCAUUUUUUCCAGAUGUAACCUUGUCGUUGGGAUGGACAACUGGGUGGAUUAAUCUUAAAUGUAAUAAAGGCUAUAGCUUAGAGAUGGUGCAAGAGAUGGCAGCCAUAUGUAGAGAUCUUAUGCAGCCAAUAACAUUCCCUGUUAGGGCUGCUUUGGUGCGCCAGUCAAUAUCUGAACUUCUGUGGUUAUUACAGCAAUCAAACAGUUACACUCUGACCAUUUGGACAGGAAAACAUGAUGAAUAUUCUGUAGAAGACCUACUCUUCAUCAGAGACAGUUUUGAUAAAACUAGAGUUUUUUACGAUAUCUUAGAACCACAAAAGUCUGAAUUCAGAAAGGCCAUAGGAAUGCAAAUUGUGGCUUAAAGAAAACACUACUGUUAAUUAUGCUUUUUAACAUCAUAUAAUGGCCUGUGGAAAACACAGUAGCUUGAAUGCCACCUUUUCCUUCUAUGAACUGAACAGAGUUGAUGUUCAUGAAACAGGACUUUUCUGUGUUCUCCUUCCCUUGGCAGCUCCCCUUCCCCACAUCUGCUUCUGCAGGUUGGGAGCUCUUGGAAUUCUUCUGCUAAUGCAGUGGUGGAGGGCCUGUGACACUCCAGAUGUUUUUUGACUCCAGCUUCCAUCACCCCUGACCCUUGGCUAUGCUGGCUAGGGUUGAUGGGAAUUGGAGUCCAAUAAAACAUUUGGAGAGCCACAGGUCCCCAUACUUGGCUUAAUCUAUAUAAGAAAGUUAAUAUUCUAGACACACUAGUGCUGCUAUCCCAUGGGCACAUACAGCGUCAUAUACUAGAAGUCCACUCAUUGCUAUUUUUAUGUCCAUGCCCUAGUUAACAUUCAGGGUCUAUACCUGAUCCCUUGCUUAAAGUGGAGUUCUGUGGUAUAGCCAUGUUGGCCUUAGUCCCUCAGCUAUAGAAACACACCGGAAGGACCUACGGCAGGUAUUCUUGAUUGUGUAAUACUUACCUAGUGUGUAUUUACAAGUGCCGCAUAAUGUUCAUUAGACACUUGCAAGAAAUCAAUCAUUUAUUGUGGCAAUACCUACUCAUUGGAAUCCCCUGCCCAUUCACAUUAGUAGGUGCAGUAGGUGUCUUUACUGUAUGGUCUUUGGCACCUGCUAAAAACUUUUUUGUUCCAGCAAGCCUACCCAGGCAUGUAAUUUUUAUACAUGAUUUUAGUAUAAGUGUUUAAAAUUACUGAUAUUAUUUUAUAUUUUAAAAGUUCUCAUGUAAUUUGUUUUUAAUGUUUGUUUGUUUGUUUUUUAAAUAUUUUAGACUGUCUAGUGUAAAUCACGUAGAGGUCUUGAAGCAGUAUGUAAAUUUUGUUAAAUAAGUAUAUAAAAAGAGAUGGAUCAGGAAGAGCUACUAUAUUACAGGCCUGUUUCAUCAGAUGCAUGAAAUCACCUGAGGUGGUUGUCAGUACACACCUUGCCUGUGAAAGCUCAUACCACAAUAAACAAGGUAGCUUGUCUUUCAACUUGUAAAGCACAUGUGGGAUUGUAAAGCACAUGUGGGAAGUUAUUUUCCGGUCUUUUACUGCAUCUUUUGUUCUUAAAAAUAUUUUUUUCUUCUUUACUUUGCUGGCCAUUGUUUGCACUGAUGGCUGUCUACAAAGGGGCAGUUCCCUGCUCCCAGUUGAGGUAUAAUCCUCAGAUUCCCAGCUUUCAUUUUAAAUAAGCAAAUCUCUAUUCCUUGUAGAAACUGAGAUACAAGACAAAAUAUGCAGGCACUAUUUUGCUCAUUUAUCUUGUGUGAAAUUAGCCUGCUUCAGUGUUUUUAGCCAAUGAAUGAAGUUACAGCAAUGACAGGCAUUUAAGAAAGCAGACCUAAAGAGAAGGCCAGAGCGACAUACCCACUGUCUAGAGAAGGAAUUUCUUGGUUCAUUUUGAAGCCUUUUAUUUUGGUUUUCUCUGGUAGUGAAGUGAUUGCUGCCGCUCAGACUAUUCAGGUAUCCAAGAUUUUAAUGUAAUUGUGAUUGGGCAGUAGUCUACCCAAAAGGAAAAGGUAAAAGCAAAAACAGAAGUUCUAACUCAGAAAAAAACCACACUUUUUAAUCUGAGUUGGUAAACAUUUUUAAAAUUACCCUGACAGGGUCAAUGCAAUAAAGUCCAUCCACAUUCAAGUUUAGAGCUGGCAUGCUCAGUCUCCUGCAUACUUGUAACAAUUCAUAAACAUUAUAGUAUUUUUUUUUUGAAAACUACUUAGAGGUUCUAUUUACAAUAAAGUGGUAUAUACAAUCAAGUGGUAUAUAUAAAAAUAAUCAGCAAGAUAACACAAAGAAGUUAGGUAUUUAUUUCAGAGUUUUUAUACCCUGCCCUUCGUCCAGAUUGGAGCACAGGCGGGCUUACAAUACUGUACAAGAUGCAAGAUACAGUGUAGUUAUAUAAAAGGAAACAAAAUAAAAUCAUAGCUCCAUUGUAAAAACAGCAACAUGGGCACAACAGUCCGUCCUGUUGGAGGCUGGUGGGAAUGGAGCUGGCAGAAGGGGAUGCCACAUCCAAAACACCUUCAGGAGCCUCUAGGAGGGGAGGCAGGGCAAAGCAGAAGGAAACAAAAUACAUGUUUCCUCCUGCCCCUCCUUUUCCCAGCUGCCAGGACGGAGGGCCAUGGGAGGGAGCCAAAUGGGACCACGAUGUAGAGUAAUCUCCCCUUCGGCCCCUCCUCCCAGAACACCCCUUUUUCGGGCCUUUCACAGGCUUCCACCAGGUCUCCUUAUCCCAGCCUGGGCUUCUUCAGGGGAUCUUUGGCGGAGCCAGGAUGAGGGAUUUAUGCUGACAUAGCCAGGACCCAGCCAGUUCAGCUGGAGAUCCACCAUAUCCAACUGCACUCAGCCUGGCGUAAACAGCAUUUGGAAUGCGCCCUAAGUCUCUACUUUAACCAGCAUCAACGCUAACCAGUUUUAGUUUGAUUCUGCUUUAAAUUAAUGCUUCAUUGAAAGCAAAUGCCAUUUCGUGCAUAAUUCUUAAUCCUGUAUUUCCUUUUAGCCUUCAACAUUAAGGUCCCAAGCUUUUUUUGAUACAUUUACUGAAGCAAAAUGUCAUUUUUCCUUACCUGGACAUUAAACUUAUUCUUCAUUACUCAUCAUUUGUAAUCACAGUCUUUUGUUAAGAGUACAUUUAUUUAUGUCCCUUUCAUAAAACCUGUAUGUUAUCUUUUAGAACUGCCAUACAACACUGUGCUGUUGUGUUUGGAAACUGAAGAAUGUUAGCCUUUUGGAUGCAUGUUAUCUGUUUCAUAUUACCAGUGUUUGUGUGUAUUAGAGAAUACAUAAAGGAAACAGUAAUGGUUCUAAAAUGAUUUGAUGUUGCAUAAUCUCUUUCCUCCACCAUAAUAAAACUGUUUUUGAAAUUA